GUCAAGCGAAAAGGCCGCGCAGUGUUUUGGUUUUUGCAUACUCAUGUUUAAAUCCAGAAAAAUGCAGUUUUCCCGCAACUGCAUCACCAUAAAUCCACACAGCAUGCAAUCAUAAAGUGUUCUGUGAUCUUAUUCAACGAUGACAUUGUGAAUUUUCAGCAGAAUUGCAGCGUUUUCCAACCUGUUCGUUCUCCAUUCAUUGGCUGCAACACCCACAAUAUUUCUUGCCCAUGUGGCAGUGCUGCAAUGUGAGACUCUCCCGGACGCCCAGCGCACAUUAGCAGACUUCAGAGGCACAGGUCAAUCUAAAUAGUUGUCAACACUGAUUCAGCCUUAAAAUGCACGUCGAUCGCAGCAAAUUGAUUGGCGUAAUCGAUGAGGGGACGAAUACUGCGCGUUUUAUCAUCUUCAAGGCGCCGCAUCUGGAGGAGUUGUGCUCGCACUCCGUGGAGAUAAACCAGAUAUCGCCGUGCGAAGGAUGGGCGGAGCAGAAUCCGGACGAGAUUCUGCAGGCUGUGCUGCUGUGCGCCUCGGAGGCGUGCCUGAAGCUGGAGGCGAUGCAGUACAGCGUCCGGGACAUCGUGGCCGUGGGCGUCACGAACCAGCGCGAGACGACAGUGGUGUGGGACAGGCUGACGGGCAGGCCGUUGUACAACGCCAUCGUGUGGAAUGACAUCAGGACGAAUGUGACGGUGGAUCGUGUGCUGGCGCGCUUCCCGGAGCAGAACAAGGAUCACUUCCGGGAGCUCUCCGGACUGCCCAUUUCCCCCUACUUCUCAGCGCUGAAGAUCCGCUGGCUGAAGGACAACAUCCGCGAGGUGUAUCGCGCGUGUCGGCAGAAGCGCUGCCUGGCCGGCACAAUUGACUCGUGGCUGAUUUGGAAUCUGACGGGCGGCGUGAAUGGUGGCCUUCACGUCACGGACGUGACGAAUGCGUCGCGCACGCUGCUGAUGAACAUCGAGACGCUGGAGUGGGACAAGCAGCUGCUGCGCACGUUCUCCAUCCACCCGGACAUGCUGCCGGACAUUCGCAGCUCGUCGGAAGUGCUGGGCGUGAUCAGUGACGGCGGCGUGCUGAACGGCAUCAGCAUCAGCGGCGUGCUGGGCAAUCAGCAGGCGUCGCUCGUGGGCCAGAUGUGCUUCAAGCAGGGCCAGGCGAAGAACACCUACCGCAGCGGCUGCUUUCUGCUCUGCAACACCGGCGAGAAAUUCGUCCACUCAACGAGCGGCCUCGUGACGACUGUGGCGUACAAAUUCGGCCGCGAUUCCGCGCCUGUGUACGCUCUGGAGGGAUCCGUGGCGGUGGCGGGAACAGCGCUCAAGUGGCUGAAGAACAAUCUGGGCAUUCUGCGCGACACGCUGACGGAGUCCGAGCAGUUGGCGUCGAAGGUCUCCUCGACGGGCGACGUGUACUUCGUGCCCGCUUUCACCGGCCUGUACGCGCCUUACUGGCGCAAAGACGCCCGCGGAAUAAUCUGUGGCUUGACGGGAUUCACGACAAAGAAUCACAUCAUUCGGGCGGCUCUCGAGGCGAUUUGCUAUCAGACGCGCGACAUUCUCGAGGCAAUGAACAAGGAUUGCGGCUUUGCGCCCAACAAACUUCACGUGGACGGACAGCUGACGAAGAACGACCUUCUGAUGCAACUGCAAGCCGAUCUCAGCGGCAUUCCUGUCUUGCGCUCGAAGGCGGCGGACACGACGGCUCUGGGCGUCGCCAUGGCGGCUGGGCUGGCGGACGGCGUGAACGCGUGCGACUUCCGCGAUGAAUUCCGCGACAAGGUGCUGGUGCACGAUACAUUCCUGCCCACGACGAUGCUGGAGGAGCGCAACGCGCGCUACGCCAAGUGGAAGAUGGCGGUGGAGCGCAGCCUGGGCUGGGCGGUGACCAAGAAGAGCGGCGUCAUGACGGACGAGCGCUAUCGCCUGCUGUCGUCCAUUCCGGCCAGUCUCUUCCUGCUCGGCUCCUUCGUGAUGCUCGUGGCCUCCGUGGUGCGGCGCUGACGACACACACACACCCAAAAGACUUCUUUUUCCAGUACUUUCUGCGACUUUUAUUUUACUAUUAUCCAUUAAUUAUUGUUAAUUACACUCAAACAUACAAAAUCACGUGGGUGAGAAAAGGUGAAAGAAAACACUACGUAGCGAAAGAGUUUCGAUAUGAAUCAGAGAUGAGCGACUAAAACAUGAUUUAUGGCAAGAUUGUGAGCAAUAAUUAAAUGUCUUUCACGAUAAAACUUGAAGGUAGAUUGUAAGAUUGUUUAAAGCUUAAGAAGGUAAAAUAAUGUACUUAAAAAUUACAUCAGGAUAAAUCAUGGCAUUGAAAGAUGGAUAAAAAAAGACUGAGAUCUUAAGAGUUGUGUUUAAUUAAAGUCUAAUUAAUUUCUUUGUUAAUUUAUAAUUCAAUUUAUGAAAAGAGGAAAUUCAAUUCUUAAUUUAUAAUUGUUGUUCUGAAGAACAUUUCAUUGUGAUUUCAAAUUGAGACUCAGCUUUGGAUUAAUUUUGGCAACAAUUUUUGUAUAAUAAAAUCUAACUUACAACUUAAUGACUUUGAAGGCACAUCUCUGUCAAAAUAUACAUCGCACGUAGUGUGUGUGUCAAAUGGAAAAUGACAAAAAGAAGAAAAAACAUCAAACUCAUUCUGAAAUCCUCUUUUCUGUGCAUAAAAUCACGACUAAAAUAUAUUGCCAAUUAUACUGAG